CUUGUUUCACUUAAAAUUCUUGCGUGAUAGUCGCUCGUGAUGGUAUAAAACGCUCACAGCCGCCUGCCCACUAAGUUAGUACCUACCAAAGAACACAGGCGUCAGACCAAAGACACAGACGAGUGGUGAAAACGUGCAGAACUUCCAACAAUGAGGUACUUCGCCACUGCAGUCGUUGCUACCCUCGUGGCCUCCGCUGUUUUGGCUGAAGCGGCAGCGAAAAACAAGGACAUCAAGGAAACCGCGAAGGACGUGGAGGCCCGUGGAGGCAUCCUGGGUUCUGGACUCGUACUUGGAGAUGUGGGCGGUGGUUACGGCGCUGGAGUGGGCCCCGGAUUCGUCGGCACCGGCCUCCUCGGCACUGGACUUGGCGGAGACGAAAUAACGGGCAUCAAUAAUGGCGGAGCUGGUCACCCCGAAGUUGGUCUUGGCGUCGUUGGCACCGACGACGGAGAAGCUGGAUUCGGCGGAGUUGGACUACAUGACGCCAGUUACGCUGGAGCUGGUCUCGCGGGGGUAGUUCCUGACGCUGUCGGCAGCGGUGUCGGAGAAAUUGGACUGGGCGGUGUCGGACUUACCGGGCCUAGUUAUGUCGAAGGUGAUCCCACUGGAGCUAGUCUUGGUGGUGCUGGUCUUGGCGGUGUCGGUCUUGGCGGCACCGGUCUUGAAGGCGCUGGGCUUGAUGGCCCGGCCCUCAUUGCACCUGGAGUCGCGGGAACGGGAGCCGUAGGUUCCGGAGUGGUGGAAAAACAAGGUCUCGUCGGAACUGGCGGUUUCCAGUCAAGCUACGGUUCUUCUGCUGGCGUACAGCAGGCCGGUUACCAGGGGACCGCCUCCGGUCACAACCAGGAAUCUGGAAGUUUCGCCAGCGGGGAUUCUCAAAGCAGGGUGAACGCUUACAGUAACAAGCAGGGCUACAGCCAUAGCUCUGGAUUCUCGGCCAGCGAGAUCAAGGCGUUCGGAUCCGGCCACAAGCAGGGCUCUUCAGGACUUAACACCGAAGCAUCCGGUCACCUGGCCGGCUUCGGACAGACUUCUUAUGGAAAGGCAUUUGGGGUUGGCGGCGUCGGUCUGCACGGCUGAAAAUAAGUAGUAGACUUUUUUUUGCUUAUACAUGGCGUCUCAGCGAACACUUUCAAAAAUGUUUAAAGGUUGCCUGUGGCAGAUAUCACAAUUCUAGUUAAUGAACUGGUCUACUCGAAGAGGCGGACAUUACUUGCGCAAUAAAUUGAAAUGCAUAAUCAACUAAUUGACAAAAAUUCACUAAUUAAGUUUCUAAUAAAUUACCUUAUUGCUCAUAUUGCAAUUUACAAAAUUUAGCCGUGGAGUUCGCAAGGCGGAUCAACUUGCAACGAAUUCUCAGAAUGACACCAGUUUCGACAUAUGAAUUCCGGAACGUUGCGGAGAAAUGCAUUGGCGUUCCAUUACUUUGUUAACAACACGUUGUUUUAUGCAUUGAAGCCCAAAAGUAACUGUAAAGCUAAUGCAUUUCUCCGCAAAGUUCGGGAAUUAAUAUUUCGAAACUGGUGUCAUCCUGAGAAUUCGUUCCAAAUGGAGCCGGCUUACGAACUCCACGGCUAGAAUUGGUAAUUGCGAUAUGGACCAUAAGGUAAUUAGUGAAACGCCUAAUUAGCGAAUUCUUGUUAAUUAAUCGAUUAUGCAUUUCAAUUUCUUGUGCAAGUAAUGUCCGCUUCUUCGAGUAGACCGGCUCAUGAACUAUAAUUGUGCUAUCUGCCACAGGCUACCUUUAAAAGUUUUUGAAAGUGUCGCUGGAACACCCGGUACACUGUAUGUUGCAGUUUGCGGCAUCUAGCAUGCUUAAUGCAGUAGGAGGAUGGCAGUUAGGAAGGACAAUAAUUGAUAUGCGUGAAGAAUAUUUUAUUUACUUACGCUCAGACUCACAGGAGUGUUAUGCUGGCAUAUAUUGGAAAGACAAUUUUAAAUACGAUAACUGAGUUUCUGUGCACGCGGCAUUAGGUGCGUUUUAAUCAUAGGAUGGAAUAAGAGAAUACGAUCCCUAACGCAUCCAUCCACUAAAUUGUUCCAACCAUUGUGAGUAGAUGGCAAAUUGCCCUCCUUCCCUGAAGAAUGUGCAAGUCUAGGUUACGUGUUACAGCAUGGCUCCAAGGUGCUGUGUGAUCUAGAUAGGCACAUGGAAAUUAAAGCAGUGAUAUGAAAUGCUUCCUGUGUCCAUUUUGUUUGUGUAUGUUUGAAGGCCAAACUACACGUACGGCAUGCCGGCGCGCCAAAGCUCGCAACCAUGCGUCUCACGCAUGCGCAGAUGGUGCAGGACAGAUCGGCUCGAGCACAGAUAUCUAAAGCCCAGACCACACGUACGCUUGCGGACGCGCGCAAGAUCGCGUCCGCGCGCCCACGCAUGCGCAGACGGUGCUUCACGGCUCGUACGCGUCGAAACUCGGCGCGAUCUCGGUGAACAGCUCCUCUCUGUUGUCACGCGCUUGGGCUGCCUCGCGUCGGCGCGCCUGGCUACGCAGCGACGGCGCGGUACAUUCAACUCUAAGUGAAGAAGAUUUAUACCAUGCAAGAAAGUGCUUCUCCUUCCCUUUUUGUGCAUUUUGAAACACUGUCAAUAACAAAGUACGAAGUGGCGUCUGCUAAUUCGUCAAUGAGUGAGGCCAGUGAACGCGCGCUGUCACGCUUGUGGAUGCAAACCGCCAUUCCGCCGGCACUCGUACGUGUAGUUUGGCCUUUAAGGGUAUGCCUUGCUGUAACGAACGUUAUAUUUUCGUAUUCGCGUGUAUUAAAGUAGUCUGUUUCAGUCGAAGAUUAUGGUGUUUUUUUUUACACGAGGUUUUAUGUGGAUGCACUUUAUAAGCUACCAGAGCAAUUAAAAGGGUCAAUUGGGCUAAUUGGUUUCGCAUCUUUACUUUAGGACUUUACUUUGCAGCACUUAGGCGGUACUAAGUUGCUGCUAUUGUCUUUUUUUUCUCUUUCUUUUUGGCUGAUUUAUCUGUCGUGACGGUGGCUUUUUGCCUUUCCUUUCCUCAGGUUUUACGGGGCGCUUGAUCUUGCAUUGGUUUCGCAGCUGGUGUGCA